GCCCCGCCUGCUUCUGCUCCGCGCGGUGAUUCACUCCCUCCUUCGCCCCGGGGGCCCCCUUCUCGGCCAGACGGCGGGCAGGACAAGCUUGGUGUAGAGCGUCCUCAAACCCGCCCGCAAGCUUUCGCAGAUCCUCCGCGGUCCCAGCGACUCCGCUCCACGCCAUGGCGGACUCUGAACGCUUUUCAGCCCCUGGCUGUUGGGCCGCCUGCACCACGUUCUCGCGCACCCGAAAAGGAAUACUCCUGUUUGCUGAGAUUAUCUUGUGCCUGGUGAUUCUGAUCUGCUUCAGCGCGGGGACCUCAGGAUACUCCUCUCUGUCUGUGGUGGAGAUUGUCCUUGCUGCCGUCUUCUUUGUCAUCUACAUGUGUGACCUGCCUUCCAGGAUGGCAGUCAUCAACUGGCCCUGGAGUGACUUCUUCCGGGCCCUUAUCGCAGCAAUCCUGUACUUGAUCACUUCCAUCUUCGCUCUCGUGGGGAGUGGAAGGCCUGCCAUCAUCGCAGCAGGGGUCCUGGGCCUACUCGCUACCUGCCUCUUUGGCUAUGAUGCCUACUUCACCUUCCCUCUUCGGCAGCAGAGACAUACAGCAGCCCCCACUGAUCCCACUGAUGGCCCAGUGUAGGUGACAUCCCCUCAUUUCUCUCUACACCCCCAAAAUAACUGCUCCACAGAAAUAACUCCUCCCCAUCCCCUACAACGAUACUCUCAGCACCCCACCCCCCACCGCCACCACGGCCACCAUGGAAGCCAAAUUGCCUUUAUUGGGAGAAUUUUAUCUCCCAACCUGUCAGUCAAGCCUCCUGGGUGUGACCACUUUGGUGGGUGUACCUAGGUCCUUCUGCCUUCUGCAUUACUCAGAAGGAAACACCAGCUCUGCCUAGACCCCCUCCCCCAACUAAGCCACAGAAUGAGGGAGCAGGCCAUCUCAGAUUUGCCACCCCAAGCCCCAGCUGGGAGCUAGUCCAAGUAGCUUCCUGUAUGUGUGUGUGUAUGUGUGUGUGUGGCGGUUCUGUGGAGUGAUA